UUCGUAUAUUUGUCGCGGCGGAAACUCGCGGGCGAGACCACUGAGGACGUAAACAAACCAACGCGAUUAUUUGUACAUCCAUGAACGCUACAUGGUGAGUUUAAAGUUAAAUAUCUACUGUAAGCAGUGGUUACGUUGUAUGCAACGUUAAUCACAUAAUGGCAUAAUUAGGCUGCAACUCUCUCCAAACUUAAACGGGCUACGUUAAUGCUAAUCUUGCUAACCGGACUUAGCCACAGUAAUCAACGGAAGCCUUUCCUCAAUAGGAGAGUCGUCAAGGAAAACGUAGCGUUAGCUGGAGACGACAGUUGGCUACUUUCAACGUCUAAUUAUGUCAUUUUAAAUCGGGUUAUUAUAUAUGUGUGGCUCUCGAUCGUGUUGACAAUGUUCACCAAUACGUUUUCGGUUUAUUAGUGAUCGUUAGCACAAUUGUGUAUCAUGUAAUGACAUUCAAAACACAAACUUCAUCCUCCAAAAUGGCCAGUUUAAAACUGACCUUCAUAGCCUUCAUGGGUGCAGUGCUGUUGCAUUAGACUGCAUUACGUUUAGCUGUAAAUUUAGCCAUAUAGCCUACAGAAUAAAACAGCUCUUGUCAGAACUAGAACUACAGCAUGGGAUGUUAUAUUUUAUGCCAUAUGCAAGGUUCAUUUUGCUUGAUUUACAGGUUCUGAUGGUACUUAAAUGUUUGUGCUCAUAACGUUAGUUACAUUAUAACAUAACAGCAACUUUAAGAUUUGAUGAGGUCUUCUCUAUAAUUCCCUCUCUUCCACCUGGUGAGACACGUUGAAACAUGACGUCCAAACAGCAGGAUGUGGUCAAACCUGACAUCUCCCCGGUUCUGUUCAUGACCGUGGACGGUGAACCCAUGUCUUUCUUCCUGCGACCGGGUCCUGUCAAAAACAAGCUCCAGCCGCUCAUCACAGCUGGGGCGGGGGUGUUGUGCAAUGUGCAGAAGCCGGGGGCAAUCCUGCUGAUGGAACCAGAGGAAAGAGGCUCUAUUCCUGAAACUAGUGCUCACUGGUUUGUGUCCACCCAGUACAUUCUUGACUCUAUUGAGAAGGAUGAACAGCUGAAUUUAGAGGACUACAGGUUAAAUUCUGAAGUGGUACCGAAACUCAAGAAUAACACAGAUAUCUCAACUGGACUCUUAGGAGGCAGGGUUGCCUACACCGCUGAAGAUGAUGCUGCCAUUUUGACUUAUGUCAGCGAUCACAAGAAACGGGUUGGGGGAAACCGUCUUUGGCAAGAGAUGGAGAAGCAGCGUGUGACCAGUCACAGCUGGCAGUCGAUGAAAUACCGCUACAGAGUGCAACUGGCAGAGAGACAGUCAGAGGUUGUGGAAGUGGCAACAACAGAGGAAGACACCGAGGCAUCAGAGGGUGAGAACAAGGUAGAAGGAAACCAAGAGACGGAUGUUCAAACAACCUCCAUUGCAGAAGAUUCGGCUUCUCCUCAGACACACUCGACAGAAACAGACCUCACACAGAUAGGUGUCCAGUCCAUACCACCCGAAAGCACAGAAACAGAAAUUGUAGACGCUCAAACACCCAUCCCUCCCCAAGAGGAAGUGCAACACGUGGACCCACAGACAGAUAAACAACCAGCUGAAAGCACACAGGUCGAGACUGUAGAAGCUGAAACAUCUUACUCCCCCCAACCCGAGGGACCUUGUUUGGACCCACAGACAGAUGCCCAACCCGUUUCAGCUGAGAGUGCAGAACCAGAAACGGAAGAACCACAAACAAUCAUUUCAAGUGUGCCAAAGGAUUCUCCUCCAGCUGAGCCUGACACCUCAUCUCAGAAAAAGGCCAAAGAGAAGCAGAAAGACUCCCCCAAGCUGGAACAACCACAGCGUCGAGUAACGCGGAGGCAGCUUGUGGUCGAGAUGUCUUCAUUGCCUGAACCGUAUGGCAAAAAACUCAGAUCAUCAACAACUUCUCCAGGGCGAACACCAUCAUCAUCUCCUCAGCCCGCAAAGAAAACUAAAUCAGACGCUAAGUCCGCUCUUCAAAGGGACACAACAGUAGACCAGCCGCCUGCUAAGAGAGCCAGAGGAGAGAGUGUGGCAGAAAGUCAACAGCAGGAGAUGGAACAAGCUGCCGUCCCUGAAACAGCACAAGCAGGUCCUGAGUCUAAUUCAGAGCCACAGAAAGGAGAGAAGAAGAAAGAAAAGAGAAAGUUGGGGAUUCUAGAGAUGGCUUCAAAGGAGUUUGAAGAUGGAAGUGAGUCUGAUGAAGAUGGAGGUCCAGAUCUCCCAACGGCCACGAUACAACCCACAUCAACAGAGCCUCCACUCCCAACUUCAGACACAGCUGCAGAUGUUGUUUCCACGCCGUCCAACCCUGAACAUGGACCCAGCCUCCAGGAGGACACGCAAGAGGCCGAGGCCUCCACCAGCAGCCGCCCACCAAAGACAGGCUGCCCUGAACCUGCGGCCUCCACGGUCCACCUGUUCAUAUUUGACCAUGAAUCUCAGGAGGACUCCGAGUCCAUCAUUGGUGAUAAUCCCGCAGCUCCGUCCAAACCACAGCCAACAGUGAACAAAGGCGCCGCACUGUCACUGACCCAGGUCCAGUUGGAAGAGGACAAGCAGCGAAUCAAAGAGCUGAUGAACCAGACUAACCAGGACUUAGUCAGUGUGACCAAAGCCCUGCUGAAGACCAGCGGAGACUUCUCUGCUGCUCUCCAUCGUCUGUUGAAUCCCUCGUCCAUUUCAGGACCAGUUUGGAAUCGCUGCGACGAUGGUCUUCUGCUCUCAGCUGAUCCCAUGGUCCGACAGCAGCUGCAGGAGAAAUACAGCGAGGAGGACGUGGCCAAAAGAAUCGUGUUCCUCGAGGUAGAGGGAUGAAAAUGAAAGGGAGGAAGGAGGACAUUAGGGGCAAACAUCAAUUGUACUGCCUAACUCGUGUGAGCUGGUUAGCUCAUAUUGGAUUCUUUCAGCAUGAAAUAAUAUUGUGUCCCUUUCCUUUAUUGCUGCUCCUCCUGACUCACUUGGAAGAGAUGAAAUCAGAAACAUUAAACCAGAGGGUUUAACUCUUAAUCGUUUGUGCCAUUCUCUAUACACCUCUGUUUGGGAACAGAAUCUUUUAAUGUGUUCAGAAUGAAAAUGUGUUUUUUAAUUAGUUUUGUUUACUUUCUUUAAAUUGCAUAAAAUGUUUGUCUCAUUUAAAAACUUGCUUUACAUUAUGAAAUAAAUAUCCUGUUUUUUUAUGUAUUGUGUUUCAUCGCAUAUUUGAACAAAUUGCUUUUGAAUGGUUAAAAGAAAAAUGACACUUGAGCCUUGUAUGAAAUCUGUGAGAGGAGGAUCUCUAGAUGUCGCAGAUGAAAUAAAACCUGCGUCAAAAUAUACUAAAUAA